AAUUACAACACUACAAAUCUAUUACAUUUAUUGAGGAUUAAAAAUGGUUCGAGGCAGCUGCUACAAGUGUGGUGAGAAGGGACAUCAGGUCAAGGACUGCACCGCUACUGAGACUUUGUGUUACAAUUGCAACAAAACUGGACACAUUUCUACUGAAUGUCUUGAAGAACGUAGAGAACGUCAACCAUCAGAUACCAGGAGACGUAGCCGAGGCGGUGGUCGACCCAGGGGAGAGUUUAAGCCUGAGGGUGAAGGAGAUGCUUUUGAAGGCCGAGGCCGAGGCGGUGGUCGACCCAGGGGAGAGUUUAAGCCUGAGGGCGAAGGAGAUGCUUUUGAAGGCCGAGGCCGAGAUAAGGGCUGUUUUAACUGCGGUAGACCCGGGCACUGGGCUAGGGAUUGUCAGAGCAGGGGGGAUCUUAUAUGCUACAACUGUAGAGGAGAGGGUCAUCUUGCUAGGGAUUGUCCUUCUGAGGAGGACUCAGACCAGACCUGCUACAACUGCAACGGAACUGGGCACAUUGCCAAGUACUGUGCCUCUGAUACAGUAGCGGGAGGAGAACGAGAAGGAGGAGAGAUCCGUGAGAGUAGAGCCCCCCGCGGUGGACGAGGAGGUCAGUACAAUUAUUCUUGCUACAGAUGUGGCGGACAAGGUCACCAAGCCAGGGACUGUCCUAGUGACUCGAGGGAGUGUUACGGUUGUGGUGGACACGGACAUCUUCAGAAGGAAUGCCCUAGCAAGGAGGCUGGAGGUGCUGGGGGUGACUUUGAGGCUCCAACUUGUUACAAUUGUGGCAAAGCUGGACAUUUGGCUCGAGAAUGUGAUCGGCGCAGGGAACGCACCAACGAAGGACAGACCUGUUACCGUUGUGGAGAGAAGGGACACAUGGCGCGUGACUGUACCAUGGAGGAGGGGGUCUGCUACUCUUGCAAUGAAUCUGGACACAUAGCAAAGGACUGCCCAGUGAAACCGCAAGGAGCAUUCCAGGGUGAAUGUUACAAAUGUGGUGAGCGAGGCCACAUCGCCGCGCUCUGUCCCGACGCUGGUGGUAACGACCAAGAAGUGAUGUAGCGGAUGGUCCUUGUGCACCGCCUCACUUGUUAGCGCCCACGUGGAGAGUAGUGGUGAUAAUGCACCGCCUCCCCCAGCUAGAAUGUGAGGUGUGUAGCUGUGCAGUAGCUCUAAAGGAGAGUGUUAUUUUAUUCUAUUAUUUUCAUAGUGUGAGGUGGGGUGAUUUGAUACGAGACUUUUGAGGCGAUGAAAAUGAUACGAACAUUGAAGAAUUUAAUUGAGAUGAACCUCCAGCUGUGGGACGUCCUCCAUCUUUUAACUGCCCAGUAGACUGGAGCAAUAUGUGGACGUCCACUCAUGUUAAAUGAAGUCACGAGGUAGGGAAAUGUGAUUCGCACUGUUGAACUGUCUACGAUGUUAGAACCAUGUGGUGUGGAAAGGUGGUUUUGGUGGUGAUCUCACCAUAUUUCAAGGCGGGCUCGAACUUGAAAUUGUUUUAAGAUUUUGAGGCAAGAGAUUGCUGUAAAAAUGAUGGCCGACAUAUUGAGUACAAUACAUUUGUAGCGCCCAGAUAAUCUUAACCUUAAUUUAGUGUACCUUUGCGUUUACAUGCAAGAAGUUUCAGGUCUGCGCGAUUCGCUAGUUCGAUUCAGUCUUGAUGUACUAAUUUAUUUACUAAAACUUUAGUUAGUUAACUUUAAAUACUUCUCAUUACGAUCCCGGUGGUCAACACCUUUGUCUUAUGCUUUUGUUGCAGCUUUUUUUAAUUAAUUUAUUUAUCAAACAAUUUUAAUAUCAGAAGUAUGCUUGAAAUCAAAUAUUAUAUACGACUUAAGUUCGGUGAAAUGAUGUACGCGUUCUCCAAGAGAUAUAUAUAUAAUUAUAUGUUUAUGUUUUUCCUAAUCUAUGUUUCUGAAUGUAUCCAAAUUCCAAAAUAACGACAUACACGUAAUACCUUGUUUUAUGAUGAUUAUUUUAAUAUAGAGGGUAAUCUGGGACUUUAAAGUUGCCAUAUUGAGCGAUAUGUAGUUUGGUUUAAAUUAAUUUAGUUAUAUAGACGAGUGUAGUUCGUGCUGCCAAGUUUAUUCCGGUUUUACAUGUUGAAAUAUUAGUGCUUGACUAAAUUAUAAUCAAAUUAUUCCACCUUCUACAAAAA